CCUAACCACGUGUGUCUGUCUCCUGAUUCACAGAGGAAGGCAUCAAUCACGAGUGCAAGCUGUGUAACCAGAUGUUUGACUCUCCGGCCAAGCUGCUGUGUCACCUGAUAGAGCACAGCUUCGAGGGCAUGGGAGGAACCUUCAAGUGUCCCGUCUGUUUCACAGUGUUUGUCCAGGCCAAUAAGCUCCAGCAGCACAUAUUCGCCGUCCACGGGCAGGAAGACAAAAUCUACGACUGUUCCCAGUGUCCGCAGAAGUUCUUCUUUCAGACCGAGCUACAGAACCACACGCUGAGUCAGCAUGCGCAGUGAGCCUCCUCGCCCGGCUGGAUACCCGGGCCCACCUCCACACCCCAUCGCCCCCCUCCCCCCCCCCCACCCGACCCAGAGACGGUGGAGGGUUGGAGGGGUGGGGCGGGAGGGAGGGGGGUGCGAUCUCCACAUCGCAGCCAAUCAAAGUGUCAUUUGCUACUCCCAUGUAAAAGUCUAACGAUUGUGCCGCUGGGCACGGCUAUUAGGAGAGACUGGAGGGGGGGGGGGGGGGAUGGGGGGGGGGGGGGGGGGGGGGUUAAUGGGAUAUACUAUUAAAGACCCACACAGAAACAUGGACAUGAAUGAAGGGAGAUAGAUGAGGAAAAACAAAAAGAGAGGUGGGGGGGGAAAGGUAUUGUACAAGCAGUAUUCUUUAUAUUUGUCCUUCUACCAAGCAGCCAGCCCCGGUCGCCCUCCCCACACCACCUCUCUCCACCUCACCACACCCACCCUCCCCUCCUUCAUAUCGGGCUCUUUUUUAUAAUGAAAACCCCCUGGAAGAAAACAAAAGAAAAAAAAAAUAUUGUUUUGUGUUGUUUUGUUUUUAAAAUUGUAGGAAAAUUGUAUUAAAAAAUGACAGGUGCCAAUUUCUAUUUUCUGUUUUUUUUUUGUCAUAUGCGCUUAUUUUUCCUUCUUAUUUUCAUUGUUGGAUCUUUCAUUUAUCACUGUAAGUAGGUACUUGUGCCGUGUUGUGAUUGUUUACCAGUCCAGUUUUUGUCCCCUUCCCACAAACCUCUCCUUUUUAUGAUUGUUAAAUAUAUAUUUUUUCCUUUUUGUAAUUACUAUGGAAAAAUACAUCAAACUAAAUAAAGUCCAGAAAAACAUA